UGCGCGGUUGAACAGUGGUUUGCGUUCUAUGUGAUGUGUAGGUCCUGGGCUUGGGGUGAUCGAUCGUUCCAUCCAGGCAUCCACCCAUUGGCUAGGGGAAAAACUAGAAAUCUGGACUGGAGGAAACGCUACAUGUUGUCGUUUUGUGGAGUAAACACAAAAAAAAUCCAACGUUUUAUGCUACAAUUGAAGUUCUGUUGGAAACCCCUAUGUGGAGGUUAUGGAGUAGGUGUGAACUUGAUGAUUCAGCGGGAUUUGUACUAUACCUAAGAGAAAGUUACGUGGAGGAGCCAUUGGACGGUUGAGUCAAGACAGGAUCGAUUUAUACUAUAUACAAUAUCUUUUAAACGAGAGAACAAGGCAACGUUAUGUUCUAAGAUAUUUAGCCAAAACUGGUCAAUUAUACACCUACGAUGCAAUAUAAUAAAAACUAUUUUCCUUUUAAUUUAUUGAAGAGUACUCAUGAUGGAACCGCAUUUCCAUCCGAAGAUCCUGCAUACUCUAUAGAAAAGAAUUUUGGGAAACGACCCAGAACCAUGGAGCCGGGUGCGGAGUAUAAUACCAUGAUUACUGCGAACAUCGCACUUAACAUGAUAAGCAUGGACGAAGUAAAAAACUUCCACAUAUCGCCAAACCAUGAACAUUUUGGCAAUUUUAACAACAUAGUCAUUGAAGUUGGGACAGAGCAAAUCGAGACAACAGUUCAAUUAAAAUACAACAGUGGAGAAGAUUUUAGCCUACUUAAAUAUUUUAAGUCAUUCCAAGAAAUAGAAAACAAACCAGAACAACUUAUCUUACUCACAAACCUUAAAAUGAAUCUCGGAAGCACGAAAAUUCAGCUCGACACAGGAGAAUAUUCCGUAGAACAUUACGACGUAAAAAUUGCAGAUAAUAAUUGUUUCAAAAUGUCACAGCGUACAACAUGUUACAAAUUUCGUAUUAUAGAAGACCAAAACAGCAGAAACGAAUUUUCAAAAGUCCAACAGUUCGAGACUUUUCUCGAACGCUUUACUCUUUACACCAACCAAGAGGAUAUGGCGGAAGUCGAAAAAUCAACAGCGAGUAAAUUCGUGAAGAUGUUCUCUUCCGAUGGAGAAACUUUCGAAAAAUAUGUCAAAAUUUUGUCUGAGUGGGACGUGCCACAAAGAUUAGACAAAAAGAUGGUGCAGCGGGUAGUUGCACUUUGUCUGCUGUCUCCCUACGUGGAAAAUCGCACUUUUGGCGCAGUCAGCGACAAAGGGAAAAUUCUUCUACAAGCAACGUGUCUUUUUGAUAUUACGUUAUUGGAAAAAGGGGGAGAAUCCGACGGGACGAGUGACUUGGAGUUGGUACAAUUGUUACAAUUGAUGGAGAAACGUCCCCUGGUGGUAAAAGAGCACGAAAAUAUCGAAAAAGGGGUUCAGAUGUGUCCCGAUUCGAAAUUUGUUAUAGUUGGUGAAGGGAAACGUCGACAAUGGAUGAAACAUAGUUUGGUGUUUCAGAACUUGUUCGACUUGAAGUUGAAACACGAAUUAGUGUAUGAAAAGGUGAUGGAAGCGUUUGGGGUUUCUUUGCAAGGGAAAGCGGUCCUUACUCUGUCGGAGGCGUGCAGAGGAAGUGACGAUAUUUUAAAAAAUAUAACAGUCGGCAAUCUCGUGGAAAUGAUAGACAAUCCGGGGUUAAUUGGUGGGAACAAGGAAACUCUUCCAGAUCCUUAUAUUCAAAGGUAUUUGUCGGCGGAUGUUAUUGAUACUAAAUAUCUAGACACUGUUUAUAGCAAUUGUGUAUUUAUUGUAAAUUGCGCAGAUAGUUCUAGAGUCAUAGAUAAACCUAAACACCAUACCUUGACAGAUAUAGACGACUAUUUAAACCAACCAGACUGGGCAACUUCUAACAUGGCAGUUGUAAUAGUUAGUAAAAAUAACUGUAGCCAAUCUGAAUUUGACAAAGUAUGCUCCAAAGCAAGAGAAUCGCACACGGUUCAUUAUUUUAAGUUCCUGGGUGACAAUAGUUUGGAAUGGGUUGGAAGCAGGGGCGAAGUCGACGAACUGCAAAAAUUUAAACUGGGUUGUCGUUGUAAACACGAAAACGAAUUUUGGGCUUUCAAGUUCACGAAACGGAUCAAUUUAGUGUUGGGUGAUUCGGGGAUAGGGAAAACUGAAUUAAUAAAAAACUUAAAAAACAACUGCUCUUCUAAAUACUGGACUGUAAUUGUUAGCCCUCAAGACGCUAAUUUAUUUUUUAAAGAAUCACAAAAGUGUGACGCGUCUGACUACCUAAAUUUAUUUCAGACAUUCAUUUUGAAAAAGUAUCAUUAUCUUGGAAAGUUAGACAAAGAGUUUUUUAAACUGUGUUGUGAGGAAUUCCGUGUUUGCUACGUCUGGGAUGCUGUUGACGAAGUGUCUGCUAAGUAUUUGGAAGACGUGGCAGACUUGAUUGUUCUGCUAUCAAAUCGUGGUUUCAUGCAGUGGGUUACUGCUAGAAAACACUUGAAGUCGUUACUGGAAAAAAAAUUCAACACACUUUCGUUGGGUAUAAGUCGGUUUGAAGAGUCGGAGGAAGACGAUUACAUUAGAAAACGUCUAAGUCCUAUUAUUUCGGACACAGAAAGUGUGAUUCGAAAAGUUAAAUCUAGUUUUGCUUUGAUCGAACAUGUGGAUAUUGCAGGAAUUCCACUCCAGAUGUUUAUGCUCACAGAAUUAGUUCGUCUAAAUCGUGACAAAUAUUUAAAAUUAUUUAACAAUUCUUGGCGCUUAACUGAUUUGUAUUAUUGCUUUAUUGACAUUCAAAAUAAAUCAGUUACCGAUAAAGAAAACCAUGAACGACUUGCCGUUGACUUAUUAUUUUCAGACUGUGCGAAUCUUAACACACCCGUUUUUUUGCACGCGUCUUUUGCGGAAUAUUUGGCUGCGGCCUACUUUUCCAAGAAUGUUGAGCUUAUACCCGAUAGAUUUUUCGAGCCGAAGUAUGACAACGUGCGAUUUUUCUUCGACAUGUUGUUGGCAAAACCAGUCCAUGUUGCAGUUUUGUACCGACAUUUUGAUACUUUGAAGAGCUAUGACGACGAAAUGUUGACUAGUAAAGAUGGCGGUGGAAGAAGUGCCUUACACUUGAUUUGCUCCUGGGGACGACGACAUUCCCGCCUGAAUGUAACGACUUCCAAAAUAGGAAAUAUUUUUUCGCGUUUUGCUUCUGUCUUGCGUGGAAAACUUUCCUCUGCCAAAAGAAACCCUAGUGAGAAGUAUACUCUGGAUGAUGGCGACGAAACUUCUGAAGAGGAAUUAGAAACACGAGAUUAUUUAGAUGGAGUGGUUUACUUGUUGAAUAAAUGUGGCACUUCUGAGCCGGAUGGGCUAUUUCAAAUGACUCCUUUGUCGUAUGCCAGAGUUAGUGAAAGUUUAGGGGCGGAACUGGAAUUGUUGCAGUCAGGAUUGUUACAACCAGAGCAGGAAUACAAUCAAUGUGAUAGAAUUAACAUUUUGUACUAUUGUAGUCUGUAUGGUUAUGACAAUACGAUUCAAAUGGUUGUUACUAAGGAAUUACCAACUCUUUGCCAGGAGGUAAAUUGUAGUACUAAGUCUGGUUGCACCCCUCUUGCUCUAGCGUCGUCAAGAGGGCACACAGCAGUCGCUCAGUAUUUGUUACAAUGCCAAGCCGAAGUCAAUCACCCUGAUAAACAUGGUCAAACCCCACUUCACUCGGCUUGUUCGAACGACCAUGAAGAAAGUGCUAAAUGCUUAAUCAAGUUCGGAGCUGCACUCAAUCACCCUGAUAUUGUCGACUGGACACCACUUUACGUAGCUUGUUUGAACGGCCACCAAAAAACUACCCAGUUCUUAAUACAAUCCGGUGUAGACAUAAAUCGCCCUGACGAAAACGGUUGGACACCUCUUCACACAGCUUCUUCCAACGGCCAUAAAGAAAUUGUCGAACGUCUAGUGAAAUCCGGGGCCGAAAUCAAUCGUGGUAAUAGCUUCGGUUUGACACCUCUUCACUACGCUUCCUUGAAUGGCCACGAAAACACCGUCCAGUACUUGGUGGAAUCGGGAGCCGAAAUCAACUGCGCUGCUAAUGAUGGUUGGACACCACUUUCCUGGGCUUCUGGGAACGGCCACGAAAAAGUCGUCGAAUACCUGGCAAAAAGCGGAGCCAAUGUCAAUAGCCUCGAUAGCGACGGUCGGACACCACUCUAUGCAGCGUCCUGCUGGGGCCACAAGAAAUCAGUUGAAUGUUUAGCGCGAUUCGGUGCAGAAACCAAUCACCCUGCUAAAAACGGUUGGACACCGCUUUUCGCGGCUUCCUGGAACGGCGACGAAGAAGUCGUCGAUUGUCUAGUGAACCUCGGAGCCGUAAUCAACCUCACCAAUCAAGACGGUCGGACAGCUCUUCACGCAGCUUCAAAAAACGGCCACGACAAAAUCGUGGAAGGCUUAGUCAAACUGGGGGCAGAAAUCGAUGGCGCUGAUGGGUAUGGUUGGACACCGCUUUUCACGGCGCUGGAAAACGACCACGAAAGCACCGUUGAGUGCUUAGUGAGGCUCGGAGCCGACGUCAAUCGUGCUGAUGGUCAUGGCAGGACGCCGAUUUAUGUUGCUUCGUGUUACGGCCACGAAAAGUCUGUCAGAUGCUUGGUCAAAUUCGGGGCCGGAGUCAAUCGCGGUAAUGACAAAGGUCGGACACCGAUUUAUGCGGCUGCAAGGAAUGGGCACGAGAAAACCGUGGAGUGUUUGGUGGAAUUGGGGGCCGAAGUCAACCGGUGUGAUGGUCGUGGCCGAACGCCGUUUUACGUAGCUGCAAGAAACGGGCACGAGAAAACUGUGGAAUGUUUGGUGAAAUUGGGGGCAGAAAGUUGUCAUGUUGAUACUGAUGAUUGAUACUGUUUAAAUUAAUAGCAAUAAAAAUGAAUAUCUGCUAGGAGCUAGCUUAGAUAUUAAUUUAGAUUUUUGCCACA